UUCUCGUCAGUUGUAUCAUUUUUAUUUCAAGUGUCUCCCGUUAGUUUACAUAAAACUUGAAAUAUUUACCCUUUAUUUCCUUUCAUUAAAAAAUAGAAUAUUAAUUAGUUUGGCGUCUCAAUUUCCUCCCACCGCGGAACAAAAGCCAUUGCAACUUAGGAAGCAAAAAGCGAAGAAAACUGAAAACCACCCGGCGGUUUGAUUUGUUUAAGCACACCUGCAAACAAGAAAAUCGAGCCACUCUGCGCUCCAACUCGACCAACUACCAGCAAAAGGACAUAAUUAUUUUAUGCGCUCUGUACGUCUAGUUGAAAUUUGCGACCGACUGACCUCAGACGUGCAACUAGCGUAACAAACAAAGUCAUGGACUGCAAGCAAGUUUUGAUCUUCCUUAUCUUGGCCGCUUUGCUCAUUGUAGGUCAGGGACGGCCUUCAUUCGAGGAGGAUGAACGUGAAAAGCGGGAUGAAGGAGAAGAGGAAAGUGACGUAAUGCUUCCUGAAGAGGACGAGGCAGACUCGCAAGAUGGAGGAGAGAGCGCAAGCGGGGAAGAACCAACAACUCCCCCUCCCCCAGCCGGGGGAGCCGCACCAACCCCAGCCCCUGCUGGCGGACCACCCCCUGCUGGUGGGGCAGCCCCACCUCCUAAUCCCAUCGUCGCAGCAGUUACUCAAGCCUGCACAACCUUCCAGACUUGCACUGCCCAAAAAGAUCCAUCUAUGUGUCUCCAGGAGAUGCUGACUGGCCUGAGCGCAUUAAGUGGAGCCGGAGGGGGUGCAACCGGCGGAGCUCCCUGCCAAGUUCCGAGUCCCUGUCAGGGAGGGGCCGCAGCCCCCAUGCCAAUGCCGAUGCCCAUGCCCAUGCCCAUGCCCAUGCCCAUGCCACAACCAAUGCCAUUGCCGUAUCCAGCUGAGCAAGUGAUAGUGGAGCCGGUGUCCUGUGGCGGAACCUACCCAUGCAAAGACAAGGCAGCAAAGAGCAAGGACAAGAAACAUCAUGACAAGAAGAGCAAGAAGCACCACUAAUAAUGCGAGAGAGCCGGAUUACGUGCAUGCAAAAAGAUCUGGAGUACUUGCCAGUGUAGUGCGUUCACGGGAUUUUAUGUUAGUAAGACAGCGAAGGUCUUGUUAUGCCUUUCCCAACGUUUGCAGAAGGCCCAUUUUUGCCUUUUUUCAUAUGUGACUCUCUAUUAUAAUAAAUCCGUAGUAAAGUAGUAUUUGCUUCAUGCAUGUAAAAUAUGCAUCGUAAAUUUAGCAAUGUACUGUAGAAACGCUCGUUUUGUUAUGAGCUAAGUGAACCGGAACUAAUAAAAUACGUGUCGAGAGGACCGUUCUCGCUUGUUGA